GCAACCACUGAGCUGAAAAGUGCCAUAAGUCAGGCAAAACUUGGCCAAAUUCGAUUAAUCAAAAUGAUCAUUAACUCAGAAAAUCUUUCAUUAGAAAAAGUCAUCAAACCAAUUGGAACCUGGCAGCAAGAUUUUGACAAUGCAGUGCUACCUUGUUUAAAAGUGAAUCAGCCGUGCUACAUAUUAUACAAGUUGGAUUCAAGAUAUCAGCAAGACGGCAGUCCAGAAUGGCUCCUCAUAACUUAUGUACCCGAUACUACUCAGACUAGGGAAAAAAUGAUAUAUGCAUCCACAAAGAUGACAAUGAAGAAAGCAAUAUCAGCACUGCAUAUAAAAUAUGACUAUGCAGCAACUACAAUUAAUGAAUGCAGUUAUGAAGGAUUCAACAGUUACAUUCGUUCACUCACUGCACCUAAGCCAUUGACCAAGGCAGAAAUUGAACUGCAACAGAUAAAGAAAAACGAAAUGAGGACCCAGGGUAAAAAGCAGACAUUGCAAUCAAUCUCCUUUCCUCUAACACCAGAACUCGAAGACGCCCUGCUGCUCUUUAAAUCUGCCGAAGUUAACUACAUACAGAUUUGCAUCGACAUAGCGAAGGAGGUAAUAAGCCUUGCAGUUGCAGACAAGAUAACGACGGCACAACUCAGAAACCUCAUACCGACAGACAAGCCAAGAUAUCACCUGUUCAGUUUCAAUCACAGAGGCAAUAUUUUCAUCCACUCAAUCCCCGUUGGAAAGUCUACAAUUAAAGAAAAGAUGUUGUAUUCAACUUGCAAAAUGACAUUCCUACAAAGAGUUGAGGCAGAUCUUAAGAUACCUGUAGCUAGGAAGAUUGAGACAGAUUCGCCAGACGAACUGACAGAAGAAUAUUUAGUAGAUCAACUAUCAUCCUCUUCUUCCUCAUCAUCAUUCCCACCAGCAGCAAGAUUCAACAGUUCGGGAGCAGUCGGGGAUGUCAACUUCAGACACCAGAGAAUGUUUCAUAAUUUAGGCAGUCCAGCAUUCCACUAG